AUGUGGGGUGCCAGCAGAUAUUUGUAUUUCCCCGAAAGUCCCAAAGCCAGUUCUCCGAGUUCCACUGACAGGUCCCAAAACAGGAAGCCAAGAAAAAACCACACCAGCAAACUCCAUGAGUUGGCAUUGCUGCUACCUCUGGCCCCAAAGACCAGUAGCAAGAAGCUUACUAAGAAGGAGAUUCUGCAGUACAUCCUGCACUACAUUCAGUACCUCCAGAGAAACAUCGAUGUGGCCAAGGCCUUGCUCAAAUUCCACACUGCCAAUGGGGAAGGUGGAGCUGGGGGGCUGGGCCGGAACUCCACUGUGGGCUCAGCAAGGCAGAGACACGUCACCCCAUCCAGCUGCCUACACUCUUGUCAGUCCUGCCUUGGGGGAGCCUGUCAGAAACCUAGGAAAAAGAAGCUGACCCGAACCCGGGCCCAGAACCCUUGUUGCUGUCUGGCCCUGGACAAGCCCAAGAAGCAGGUGACCCCUCCCCCAGACCAGAAGGGAGGAAAUGUGGAGGGGACCAGCACUCCGCCAAGAUGUGCAUUGUCUUUGCCUUAAGGUGACAGAAAUAGAGGAAGGUCCUGGCUGACAUUGCUGGAUGUGGCUAAGAACAGCGACUGUGACAUCUCAAGCAAAAACAGUGUCCAGGAUGAUGGGCCUUACCCUGCCUUCGGGGCCCAGCAAGGGGCCGAGAGGACCUAUUUUCUCUACAGAGCACAGCCCUAUCCCAGGUGCAAGCUGGUGUUCUACGAUUCCAGUGAGGAGAUGGACAAGGAGGCCCCAGACACUGACCCUUGGCUUCCUGCCUGGACCCCAGAGGGCAGCCCUCAUGGAAGCCCACUGGCCUUGGAGCCUCCCCAGAUUGACAACUGGAGUGUGAUGGGCCAACCGAGCGAGAUCCUAGGUCUCAGUCCUUCCCUCUUCAGCUCCCCAGGGAAACUGCUGCCAGAACAGGUCUUGGAGGAUGGCAGCGAGUACCUGACCCAAGCUCUCUUUGAAGAGGUUUUCUUAGAUCCUGUGUCUUCACCUUCUGCCUGCGUGCUGGAAGUACCCCUGAGGAAGGAAAGCAGUGACUUGGGGCAUGAGGAGACACCAAUGUCUGCUCACAUCCCCUCCCAGGACACCCCCCCCGAGGCUCCUGAAGACCUUUCUGACUCCCACAGCCUGGGCCUGUCCUCAGCGUCCCUGGACCACCUCUCGCUGAGUGAGGACAGCCAGGCGUCGUCCAGCUCUGAGGGCCUGGACACCGACGUGGACACAGAGAUGGUGUGGAGGCAGCAGGACGCUCCGGCCAACCCUGCGGACCUGAAGUCCGCGAGCGAUGAGGAUGGAGACUACACGUGGACCCCCACCCGGCGGGUGUCCACCUUGCCCUCAGCCAGGAGGAAGGGCAGGAGGGGCGGGGCAGACAGGCGCCCCGUGAAGCUCAAGAACAAGAAAGCCGCCUGCCCCGCGCAGCCAAAGAAAAAGUGUGUCAAUGGCUUCAUCAUGUUCUGUAGGAUGAACCGGAAGCAAUACAUCCGAGCCUGCCCGGGCACUGCAUCCACAACUGCCACCAAACAGCUGGCCCAACUCUGGCGGGAGAUGACAGAGCAGGAGCGGAGACCAUACAGCAUCAAAGCUCGAAGGUUCAGCCGCCAGCACAAUCGGAUUGUGAAGCAGGAAAGCUCCAGCAGCGAGGAUGAGGCCUGGGGGGUGCCCAAGCCCUUCUACCAGCUGCUGGCCGACAGGGCCCGCUGCUCCGCACAGCCCGCCUCUCAGCCACCGAUGAGCGGGUGACCACUUCGCCUCUCCUCCUCACCACCUCGCCGCUCCACAGCUCGUUUGAAACCUGGAGCCCAUGAGGAAGAGGUUGCCCCCUCCUGGGCCUCAGCCCUGCUAGGCAGGUCUCCUUGGCCAGUUCCCGCAGGCUGGGAGGGGGUGGAUUUAUUGACCCCAUGCUUUGUGUGUUUGCCUUGUAUGUGGACAGCUGAACUCUGCCCUUCUCACAGCUCCUUUCUUCCCUGGGGAGGGAAGCUCUGAAUGAAAUGCAGGGAGAAGUUAAGGAGAUGGGGCUCCCCUCUGACCUGCCUUUGUCUACCCCAGAAUCAAAUGGUUUCAACCCUGUUCAUUCUCACCUUAUCCUACUCCUCCCUCCCCUGUUCUAUUUAUAGGUUAUUUAUUGUUGCCAACAAAAUAAA